AGGUGUUAUUGCCAGUGGACAUAAAAAGGCAUUUUAUUCAAAAUAGAAAGCGGAGGCAGAUACAUUUAUACACUUGGCCGUAUUGUGUGUGUAUUUGCCACGCAACGACCGUCGACGUAUUUUUUAUUCCACGCGUUUCAACGUUUUUUUCUUAUAAAAUGUUCACGUUGUAGCUCGCUCGCUAACCGACCAGCUGGCUAACAGAGAGCAGUUACUAGCUAGCUAGCUAUCUUCCACAGCCAAGCCGCCGUGAAGUGUAGAAUGGGAGAAAAGCUGGAGCUCAAGCUCAAAUCGCCGGUUGGAGCAGAACCUGCUGGCUAUCCGUGGCCAUUAUCAGUAUAUGAUAAACACCAUGAUGCUGCUCAUGAAAUCAUCGAGACCAUUCGGUGGGUGUGUGAGGAGAUCCCAGACCUCAAACUUGCUAUGGAAAACUAUGUACUCAUUGACUACGACACCAAGAGCUUCGAGAGUAUGCAGAGGCUUUGUGAUAAGUACAACAGGGCCAUUGACAGCAUUCACCAGCUGUGGAAGGGGACCACCCAGCCUAUGAAGCUGAACAAACGUCCUUCCAACGGGCUGCUGAGACACAUCCUACAGCAGGUGUACAACCACUCAGUGACAGACCCAGAGAAGCUGAACAACUAUGAGCCCUUCUCACCUGAGGUGUACGGAGAGACCUCUUUCGACCUGGUGUCUCAGAUCAUCGACGAGAUGGAAAUGAUGGAAGAUGACACCUUUGUUGACCUUGGCAGUGGAGUGGGGCAGGUAGUGCUGCAGGUUGCAGCAGCAACCAACUGUAAACACUACUACGGUGUAGAGAAAGCCGACAUUCCAGCUACCUAUGCAGAGACCAUGGAUAAAGAGUUUAAAAAGUGGAUGAAAUGGUAUGGAAAGAAACACGGGGAGUACACACUGGAGAGAGGUGACUUUCUGUCUGAAGAAUGGAAGGAAAGGAUCGCCAACACAAGUAUUAUUUUUGUGAAUAACUUUGCCUUUGGUCCAGAAGUAGAUCACCAGCUGAAGGAGCGCUUUGCUAACAUGAAGGAAGGUGGGAAAAUUGUAUCCUCCAAACCUUUUGCACCUUUAAAUUUUAGAAUAAACAGUCGAAACUUGAGUGAUAUUGGCACAAUAAUGCGUGUGGUGGAGCUUUCUCCACUCAGGGGCUCCGUGUCCUGGACUGGAAAGCCAGUGUCCUACUACCUGCAUACCAUAGACCGCACCAUACUUGAAAACUAUUUUGCUAGUCUCAAAAAUCCUAAACUCAGGGAAGAGCAAGAGGCAGCUAGGCGACGUCAGCAGAAGGAUACGAAGGACAGUAAAAGCAAUAGCACCACACCCACAAAACCUAAAGAACAAAACAAGCAGGACUCCUGUGGUGAGGAGGAGCGUCCUAGCUUGGUGACAGUGGUCAAGUCCUCUGCCAAACCCCGAAGAGCCCGACUCCUGUCCAAAGGUCGCAAGUUGAACAACAAGAAACUUGGCCGACCCAAGAAAGCCGCCCCGGCUGCUGAGAAGAAGAACAAGAAGAACCAGAGUGCUUUGGAUUUGCUGCAUGCCAAGACCCUUUCUGCAGCACCCCCUCAGGAUGCGUACCGGCCACCUCAGAGUCCCUUCUACCAGCUACCUCCAAAGGUCCAGCACUAUCCCUCUAGUCAACUGCUGUUGAGCCCGACUCCUCCUGGUCUGCAACAACUGCUAGAUAACAUCAAAAUUCAAUACCUCCAGUUUAUGGCCCACAUGAAGACUCCUCAGUACCGCUCCAACUUGCAGCAGCUUUUAGAGCAGGAGAAGCAAAAACACAGGGACCUGUCAGGGCAGGCAGAGCAGCUCCACACAGUCUGUCAGUCUCACAAAGACAAGAUCAAAGGUCUCUUUCAGACCAAACUAGAUGAGCUGGGAGUGAAAGCCUUGACUGUGGAGGACCUUCUGCAGGCCCAGAAGGAGAUAUCAGCUCACAAUCGUCAGCUGAAAGAGCAGACUAAGCAGCUUGAGAGAGACAUGGCCUUGCUGAGAGACCAUAGCCUGCUACUGCUUAAGUCUCGAUGUGAGGAGCUGAAGCUUGACUGGGGUUCUUUGUGCCUGGAGAGUUUGUUGAAGGAGAAGCAGGCGCUACGCAGACAAAUCUCUGAGAAACAGAGACACUGCUUGGAAUUGCAGAUCAGCAUCGUGGAGCUAGAGAAAAGUCAGAGGCAGCAGGAGUUGCUUCAGCUCAAAUCCUACAGCCCCUGUGAGGGUUCUCCAUACCGGAAGAGCCUGGAAUCACGCUCUUCCUCAGACAUGGACUCCUCUAAGCUUGGCCUGUCCUCAGCCCCUGCCCUCAAUGGUGUCAGCCCAGAGCUGUCUAUCAAUGGCACUAGCUCACCCUGUUUUGACCGGACCAACACCAAGGGGGAGCUUCUUUCUCGCUAUCUGCCCAUCUCCCCGGACCAUGAGGUUGUACCCGCCACCCCUGAUGCCCGGCAGAGGCAGCAAAGUUCCUCCUAUGCUCUUCCUGAUUACACACGCUUCUCCCCUGCCAAGAUUGCCUUGCGAAGGCACCUUAACCAGGACCCCACUGCCUCUGCUCACUUGAGAGGUCCAGGGCUGACUGCACACAGGGAAGUGGGUGGUGUUAACUCUCCGCUUGGAGCCAAACAGAACUGCCCCUCUCCCAAUUCAUGUGAUACCCAGAAUACUCCUAAAAGUUCUGAGAGGGGUGGUAAGGAGAGGAGCCCAUCUGUUCAGGGUGACAACAGCAUUACAAGCCUUCCAAUAAGUAUCCCUCUCAGCACUGUCCACCCAAGUAAACUACCAGUCAGCAUCCCUCUGGCCAGCGUAGUGCUGCCCAGUCGUGCUGAGAGACUGAGAAAUACUCCAAGUCCUGUGUCUCAGGCAGGUCAGACCAACGGCUAUUCAGGGCUGAUGAAUGGAGGUCCCCAUCCUGAGGACCAUAAUGGUGCUUCUUCAUCACCUUCUCCACACACCAACACUCUUUUGACGGGACCAAUGGGCCGAGGAGGUCCCAUCCAGAGCCCCCCACUCAGCACUGGAGGGGUGCUCCAGUAUGCAGAUGGACCCCCGAGGAUUCUUCCAGAAGAUGGGCAGGAUCACCAAGGAGGUGAAUCUGACAUGGAGCCCCAGGACAGUGAACUGCGGAGGAGAAUCUUCUUCUCUUCUUCCUCCUCUUCAUCCUCGUCUUCCUCUUUGUCGGGCAGUGGAGGCAGUGCGGCUGGAGGAUCACGCCUCCACCAUCACACUGGCAACUCAGCCAAGCAGGGAUACCACAGUAACCAUGGAAACCACCACCACCAGUCCCCUGGCACACAGCACACUCACCCACCCACACAUACGACGUCAUCGCACUCCUCUCACAGCCUCGGCUCUCAAGAGGGACGUAAGCGAGGGAGAAGGAAGCGCAGCUCUGCAGUAGCUGUCACGGCCAGCGGAUCCCCAAAGAGGAGGUCAUUCCCCGGGCUCAGCUCCAACAACCACUCUUCAGGAUCGCCGCUCAACAUUAACUCUAUGGUGAACAACAUCAACCAGCCUCUGGAGAUUUCCGCCAUCUCCUCCCCAGAACAAUCAAGCCGCAGCCCGAACGGGCCGGACCUGGACCAGCCUCCUAUCUUGAAGAGAGAGCGCCCCCUAGAGCUCAAUGGCACAGGUCGUUACUCCUCAGCCCCCAGCUCUGAUGACGAGGACUCAGGAUACCCUGCUGACAGCUCCAGUUCACGAAUUGAAAGAAAAAUAGCCACUAUAUCCUUGGAGAGCAGAGAUGGAUCUGGUAGACUAGGGGAUAGUGAAAGAGGCAGGAAAUCUGGUAGCAGCAGCGGUAACAGCACGGGCAGUGAGGCCUCCUCUUCGUCAUUGUCCUCUACUAGCAAGUGGAAAUCCACCUUUUCCCCCAUUUCUGACCCCAAGCAACCCAACUCUGACCUGAGACAGGGGGGCUCUCCAUUCGGCAUGGGGGGGUCUAGCCGGGGCACAGACUCUGAUUCUGACCACAAACAGCAGCAUCAGCAGGUGAGGAAAGGGAGUGAUGGAGAGUCGUCCAGCUACAUGACCGCCAACCCCUUCCUCAGUCAGGAGCCAGGAACCCGGGGUGGAGCCGGUGCUGGCGGUGGUGGCGGUGCACAGGGAGGCAGUGGUUCAGACCAACGCCAGGCCCCCCAGAAGCAGAAAGCCCCCCGGGACUGGGAGCUGAAGACAAGCAGCAGCCUGGCCAGUCAGAAUCUCUUCAUAUCUGCUGCUGCCAGCAGUGGAGGGGGCAUACUGAGUGGAAAGGUGGGAAGCAGUCCUGUAGCAGUGUCCUCAACCACAGGAUCUACUGUGGGACAGUACCUGGGGUCUCAGUUCCCACUUGGAGGGACCUCAGUCUUACAGUCCUUGUUCGGGGCCCAGACAGGCGGAUCCACGGUGAGUGGGACCCCACGGCUCGUCAACGGUCACUCUGCCCUGGGAAGCUUCUCCAGUGCUGGACUGGCAGGGGGAGCAGCUGGAGGUAAUUGAUGAAAUCUACCUCAACAUUAAAUAAACUAUGCAAAUGUCCAUGUGUGGACCAAGGCACUCUCCUCACUCACUGGUGCUUCAAAACGUCUGCACUACCCAACCGCCUCCAAGACCGGCUUCUGUACUGGGAUCUCUGACACACACACACACACGCACACACACACACACACACACACACUUACCACCACUAUGGUCACCUUGAGCAGAUUUCACAGGUACUGGUCAUGUUUAUGUGUGGAGUGUUAAAAUGUUGUUAUAAUAUGGAAAUCAGUACCGACUGCUGCCCAGCACUGAAUGAACUGAAUUAUCCAAGAUGUCUGGUUCAACGUUAAGGUGCUCGAUAGUAUGAUAGUGUGUCAUUUUGUUUGUCUUUGUCACUAUUAUAGCAACUAGUGUUCAGCAAAUAAUAGUUUUUAUUUUUAACAACAGAUAGACUGAAGCACACAGUCCACCUUUCUAAGCUGAAUGUCAUCAGGAGUCAUGUUCCCUCCAAAGUUUUCAUAUGUGUGCAUGUGUUUGCACACUCAAACACACACACACACACACACACACUCACACACACACAGACCAGUUCACUGAACUCUGCUCAGAUGUCAUGCAGUCUGCCUCUCUGCAUGCAUGCUCUCUUAUCUCUGUUUUCUUCCAUCAGUGAAAAUCAAUAUUUGUUGCUACAUAAUAGAAUAUGAAACAAGAUGAGGAACUUUUGCUCUAACUUCACACUGGAUAGUAAUAGAGAUGCACUGAUACUGAUAUUGGUUAGCAGUCAAAUACUGACGCAAAUAGCUGGAUUGGGUAUCAGUGACAAUGGGCCGAUCUGAUAGCGGAUACCGUUAUUUUAAUAAAUAACAAUUCAGUACAUUUAUAUCUGUGUAUUUAUUUGUUACAUUUUGUUUUACAAAGUUAGGAAAGCAAUGUUUAAAUCAAGCCUGAUGUUGCCUUAUACAUGAGAGAAUGAUCCCAGUCUCUUGCACACGGUGAGGCAGACAGCUUAUUAAACACUGGUAUCGGAUCGGUACCCAGUAUGGGCUGAUACCCAAAGCCCAGCUGUUGGUAUCGAGACUGGAAAAAGUCAGAUUGGUGCAUCACUAGAUAGUAAGGUAUAGUUACUCAUGUAGCAGAACUUGUGCUGGCUGGUUUGUUGACACCCCUUAAACUUCGGUCAUGUUGAUGAUUUACAGUAUUUUCAUAUUUAUUUUUAAAAUGUGAGUACUUACUGUUAAUGCAAAGUGGCACAAAUGAUAAAGUGCUGUUCUGGCGGCCAUUUUUGGAACACAUAACUAACUAAUUUCUCUUUCUACUAACUAGAGCAAAACCAACUGAGUUCCUGUUCUGAGUGAUUAAAAAAAUUCUUCAGGUGUCAUUCCGUGUUUCUCUUCCAAUAUCAGAUGUUAAACAUAUCAAUUAAAUUAUGUUUGUUUACUUCAAAAAUGAGCUUUUUGGUAUUUUGUGGCAGUAAUCGGGCUUAUUCAACAUUUAUUGUGAAUAAAUGAACUGAAUAAUGACGUGUAUGUGUUGAAGUAGGCCGAACACAUAACAGUGUUCUGAUUUCAGCCUAAUUCUGAAUAUAUUGUGAAUUAGCAACAUUUCAAGGGGUGCCAAUAAUGCUGAGCAGAGCCAGGUACAUUUUCAUUUUUUUAGAAAGACCCCAUGAAAUUCAUUUAAUGAGAUGGUGCUCUGUGUAGACAUUGUUAGUCGCUCUUUAGUCGAGACCCAGUGUUGCCAAAGAGUUGUGGCUACACUGUUUAGUGCUUUAGUGAAGCUGAAUCCAGAGGUAAAAGUAAGUUUCAACUAAUUUCUGUGUUUAUCAACAUUUUCUUCAGUCAGUUGGGUAAAUCACACUACCAGACAGCAGCAGAAAUACUCUGACAGCAGGAAUUUUUAACUCUUCUUAAGCUAAACUUAUUUGUAUUUAUCUCUGCUGUUGGGAAAUGCAGGUUUAAGCAAAUGUUUAGGACACAUGUAUGUGGAAUUAUACUGCAUUUAGUUCAUACACACGCACACGUACACACACACUCAUGCAUGCAACUCCUCACACACUGACAAAACAAUUAACCAUAACCACAACAUACUACUGGACGCUCUUCACACCGUUUUGUUUGCUUUUUUUUUUUUUUUUAAUUGUGUAAUUUGUUUUUGUAAACAAUGUUUGUACUGUGAAUGUGAUUCAUUCUCCGGCUGUAUAGUUGUGUAUAAUUUAGAUUAUUAUAUUUAUGCCGUCAGUCUCUCAAAUUUGCCUUGGUAUUUGUUUUCCCUUUGUUUUUUCCUUUUUUUUUGUAAUCCUGAAAUGUGUUGACAUUGUAGAAUGCAACAGUGUGUGUACUUGACUCACAGUCUGAAAACAAUGGUGCUACAUUUGGACUGUAUCUGAUCUUAUUUAUUCUAUAGUGAAAACGUCAAAAACAAAUCAAAUACUUGGUGCUGUACACAGGGACAUUUGUAAAGCCUUUUUUUGGCAUUUCCUUUCUCAUAUUUAAUAUGCUAUUGUCUGGUUCUUUGAAUGCCUAGUGUACAACUGUAGACACCACCUUUAGAUAAAACUACUCUGCAACAGCUGGCUCAGAGUCAACAGGUAUGAGGACCUCUGUUCAUGUUUCUCAUGCCACACUUUUAAACACAAGUCAGCCCACUUUGCUCUCAGAAGUGAGCUGCUUAUCUGUUAGUGAACAAGACACACUGUUUUUGUACAUAACUUUUUGUUUUUCCUUGUUUGUCUCCAUCAUAAACAGAAAGGUAUAUAAGAAAUGUAUCUAUAUACAGUCUAUAUAUAUAUGAGUAUAUAUAUAUAUAUAUAUAAGUGAAUAGGGGUGUUGGUGCUGCAUUGUGACCUUAAACUCAACCUGUUAAACAGGAGGCUUGAAGCCAAGGAGAGUGAAGCAUUGCCACACAGACGGUGCCUAACAGUGUGCUGACACAACCGCACCUGAGUCCUUGUGAUGCACAAACACACACACAUACACACACACACACAGACACACCACAGAACUAGUAACUCAGAAGCUGUGUGUUUUUAAAACUACGGUGCUGUGGCUUGAACACAACUAGACUCUGGCACUAGAACUGUCUUCACUUCUAUCAGAUGUUUCCACAUCUUGUUUCUUUUGUUUGUUUUUGCCGACCCAGAUUCUGCAGGAAAAAUGGUGCUUCUGUUUCCUAACAAUGGCAUUUCAGAUUUUACAAACAACAUCUUUAGUGGUGCGUACUAAACUGCGCGUCAACCUCUUACACACACUGUCUGUCUUACUGUCAAGGCCCUACCUUGUAAUGUGAGCGUAUUGUGUAAUUGCAAAGACAUGCUGAUGUAAAACACUUGUGUUAGGGUGUAUGCGUGCAUCACUUGGUUAGGAGUGAGAGCAGCCAAGCUUCCUUUUUCUGAUAGUUGGAAUACUUAAGCUCAGUUUGUGUGUGUGAGUGCGUGCGUGCGUGCUUUUUUUCCACUCGCCAGUGCAUAUCUAAGGGAAAAUUAGACUAAUGAAAGCUUUAUUGUGAACUCUUGUCCUGUGCACUCACUCUGUAAACACAAAUACAUUUCUCACCUGCGAGUGAAAAGAAGAAAGUCAUUUUAGAAAAUAAUUAGAGACUAUAGUCAAUUUGUUACCAGCACUGAGAGGUCUUUUGUAAUUAUUGUUGAUGCUGUUUUGAUUUUCUUAUUCUUGGUGUUUGAUACAAUUGCAGUUACAUGUUAUGCUUUUAAUUGUGUCUUCAGAUUCCUGUCAGUUUUUAAUACUACUAGUCAGACAGACAGCACGGUGCUCUCCUUCACUUAAAACAAGGAAAUUGCAGCUAUUGAUAAAUACUACUCUUUUCCUGUUGUGCUGCAGGGUUUUAUGGUUUAAUAAUCGUCAACACGAGCUUGCCUGGCGGCUUUCUUAUGGUCCGGUCUAACCUACGGAGGUUUCUCUAAUCUGGAGGGGCGCUGCGGUGUAUGUUCACGUGAGAAUAGUUUGUGGGAAUGGCAACGAUUACAUUCAUUACAGAUUUCAACCAGUUUUGUAGCUACUUGUACAAUCAGUCACAGGGGUGAGGUGCUGUUAUUCAAGUCCUUUGGUGCAUGAGCAUGAUUUGAAUUAAAGCUUCUAUGCAGUUCUCCAGCAUUCUCCAUCCUGGUACAUUAUUGAUCUGUGAGAGCGUCGCAGUCGAGGCUGUUUACUCUAAAUCCUGCCAAAGGUCUUAACUCAGGAACUUCCCAGAUUGCUUGAAAUCAUGUAAUGAUGUAAGAAAAAUUUCUUUCAACUACUGCAUGUCACAUAUUCAGCAUCUUGUGGUAUGAUGAAGUCCCUCUCCAACUCAACUCAGGACCAGAACAACUCCCCAGUAAGUGUAUUUUAAGGUAAAAGUUGCCAGCUGUCUUGUCAGAUGUCCUCAGAUUCAUUCUCACUGUCUCAUACAUCCAGCCUCUCCAGUGAAAUCCAGCUUUAUAAAGCUUUAUGAGUCGGUCUGAUCUCGAGAAGCUGUGAAAUGGCUACAACUUUCAGCAUCUUCCUCAUCUCACAAAUGCCUCUGUCUCGAUUUGUGUCUCUAAGAGGGAGGUUCACAGUCCUCAGUUAGGAUUCUUCCCAUCAGUAUGGGGGGUAAACUGACACUGGACACGUGACCUACAGUAUGUGUAUAGUGAUCUCUGAUAGGUGCAGCCAGGGCAGGUUUGAGGUGCAAUAACGGCAAACCUACUUUCCAAAAGGCCCUGGGUUUUAAUGAUAAAAUUGUUACUGUUCGGUGUUGGUGCUUUUAUCCUAAGAUGUUAUAAUGAAACAAAUGGAAUUAAUGUUUUUUUUUCUGCGUUUUAUGAUUAUUAAUAAAAAUGUUUCAUAUAA